UGAAGUAACAAAAUGAAAUAUAAAUAGAAAUAACAGCACAUCAAGCAAGCAGGGUGUCAUCAGUUUUCAUUUCUAUAUUUCCUUCUCUCAUUUCCUUCUUUUAAUCUCCCCCAACCAUUUUCUCCAUUUCAAAUUUCUCAUAUACCUUUUCUCCUCUUCUAAUCCAUUAUGGCCUAAACGCUCAAAUGCUCCGCCGGCGUCCUUGCACGCCACCGUUCCCACCACCUCUCUAGCUCCCUUCUCCCUCUCUCUCCCUCCUCGUCUCGUUUCCCUCAACAAUGAUCCGCCAACAACAACUUCCAAACGGUCGCCGCCGCGCCGGAGAAAUCGCCGGCAACGUGACGGCUGACUGCGCCGCGGUAUGCUGCUGCGUUCCGUGCGCGGUAAUGGACAUGGUGGCGCUCGCCGCGUACAAAGUUCCCGCUUGUUUGUGGAAGAAAGCGGUGAAGAAGAAGAGGAAGAAACGGUUAGUGAAUCAACAGAGAAAAAAUAAGAAGAACGAAGCAGCACUGUUGAAUCAUAACAAACCUGACGGGCCUGGGCCUGGGCCUGAAACGGUUAUGGUCGGGCCCACGUUGGAAGAGCAUUUGGCGAAGGAAGAGGUGCCGGGGCAUGUUAAAUUGGAAGAAGAGAUGUGGGCCCGGUUCAGCGCAAGCGGUUUUUGGAGGAGCGAUUCUAAGAGACAAGAACCGGAGUUGCAAACCGGGGAAAAGGACCGUUAGUACUUUUUUUUUAAUAAUUGAAAGAGGGUUAUUAUAAAUUGUAUAAUGGAAAUUUUAUAUUCAGAUUUGGGACACAGGUGCUGAAACUUAAAAAGAAUUUAAUGCUUUGUUGCCUUUUGUGGAUUGUGAUGUUGAGAGGGAAUCAUGUAUGUGUUUUAAGGGUAAGAUAGUAAUGAAUAUGUUUCAUUUUACAAAUAUCUUCUAACUAAAGUAAGAAAUUGGGGUUGGUGGUGUCAUGAA